UUGCUAUGUUAUAUUCCAAAGUAUGAUCGUGCCAAUAAAAUUUAGCAUAGUUAGGUGUUCGUAUUGGUUAAGUUUUGUGAAUGUUGUGCCAAUAAUGAGAUAGUGGAAUGCUGUGAUGUGGUUGUGGGACAUGUGGGGGGUGCUAUGGACCGUGGAGGCCCUGGUGUAUCUGGUGGGGGUCUUCGCGACACCCCUGGAGCCUGCACCGCUGACACAAGGGCUGUCGCUGACGCCGUUCGUGAAGCACUGGCAGCCGGCGGUGUACGAGCCGGCGCCGGGCCCCCGCAGCCGCCGCUCCACGCUGUCCAGACCACCCUCCCCCGCCCCCCCCUCGCCGCUGAAGUUCCACUUUAGAGCACACAACAGGGAUUUCCGGAUCGUGCUGCGGCCGGACCCGGCGUCCGUGUUCGCCGACGACGUGCAGUUCCACUCCUCCGCCGGCCAGCUCGACUACAACAAGGCGCACGUGUACUCCGGAAAGUUGGAAGAUGACGAGUCCUCCCACGUGUACGGCGUCAUCACGGCCGAGGGACUCUUCGACGGCACCAUCUGGACCCCCACCGAGGAGUACUACGUGGAGCCGCUGUCGAGAUACAACGUGGACCACCCCUCCAUGCACAGCGUCAUCUACCGACGGUCCGACGUCGAGCACCCCCACGCCGACGAGAACGCGCAGCCCUGCGCCUCUCAUCUGCUGCACAUCAAGGAGAAGGUCGGCUACACCGGAGAGCUGUUCAACUACACCGAUGCCAGUACCCUCAGGGAGGCGGCGUUCAGCAACGACACGGAUGACCUGGGCACAGAAAUAAACAGAAGAAAGAAGCGGUGGCUCCCCGAAGAUGAGAUGCAGGACGACGAACCGAAAAAAAAUCCCGAGAUCCCCCUAGACUUGGACGUCCCGUACACGAGCAACACCGGCGACUCGGCGGACAAGCAGAGCACGAGGAAACCGAAAACUAAAAUAGACAAGAGCAACCUGAUCACGAAGGUGCGCCUCGACUCCGAGGAGUCGAGACCCAAGCCGAAGACGCACGUCGAGGUGAUAAAGACGAAGGCUGGGGUGGUGACGGUCAGCAAGGACGUGGUGAAGAAGGAGCCGAUGGGCUACACCGUCCUGUCCGCCAACGCCACCGACGACGGCCGACAUGUCAACAAGCGGGCGACCGUCGACCCGCGCAAGACCACGUGCCUCGUGUACCUGCAGGCCGACCACAUGUUCUUCCAGCGGUACGGGACCGAGGAGGCGUGUAUCGAGGUCAUGACGCGCCACGUUCAAAAAGUUAACGCCAUUUACAAAGUUACAGAUUUUAAUCAAGACGGCAAACCCGACAAUAUUACUUUCAUGAUAAAGAGGAUAAAAGUACACACACUAGACGCUUUGAAGGACCCCGCCUAUAGGUUCCCUAACAAUUACGGCGUGGAAAAAUAUCUGGAGCUGUUUUCAGAGGAGGACUACGAUGCAUUUUGUUUGGCGUACAUGUUCACGUACCGCGACUUCGAGAUGGGCACGCUGGGUCUGGCGUGGACCGGCGACUUGAAAAACGCUGGUGGCGUCUGCGAAAAAAACGGGCACUACCGCGGCAGCAUGAAGUCUCUGAACACGGGCAUCGUGACGCUGCUGAACUACGGCAAGCACGUGCCGCCCGCCGUCUCGCACGUCACGCUCGCGCACGAGAUCGGACACAACUUCGGAUCGCCGCACGACCCUGAAAUCUGCACGCCGUUCGGCGAGGACGGCAACUACAUAAUGUUCGCGCGCGCCACCAGCGGCGACCGCAAGAACAACAACAAGUUCUCCCCUUGCUCGCUCAAGGCCAUCGACCCCGUGCUCAACAACAAGGCCCGCUCGCCCAAGGGCUGCUUCACAGAGCCGCAGCCAGCGAUCUGCGGCAACGGGGUGGUGGAGGAGGGCGAGGAGUGCGACUGCGGCUGGGCGUCGGAGUGCACCGACGUGUGCUGUCGCCCGCAGGCCGCGCGGCCGCACUACAAGCCCUGCACGCUCACCGAGCACAGCGUCUGCAGCCCCAGCCAGGGUCCGUGCUGCACGUCGUCGUGUACACUCAAGUUCGGCGACAAGUGUCGCGCGGACAACGGGUGUCGCGACGCGGCGCACUGCGACGGCAGGCGUGCCGCCUGCCCCGCCUCCCGACACAAGCCCAACCGCACGCGCUGCGACAGAGACCUCGUCUGCUACAUGGGAGAGUGCACGGGCUCCAUCUGCCUGGCGUACGGUCUGGAGUCGUGUCAGUGCGGCGCGCGCGCGGACGAGCCGCGGUCGGCGUGCGAGCUGUGCUGCCGGCGCGCGGGCGGGCCGUGCCGCUCCUCCUUCCACUGGAACGCCCCGCCCUACGAUGUACCCGACAUGUACGCCAAACCGGGCACGCCCUGUAACGAUUACAACGGGUACUGCGACGUGUUCCAGCGGUGCCGUGAGGUGGACCCGUCGGGCCCGCUGGCGACGCUCCGCCGGCUGCUGCUGUCGGACGAGAGCAUCGCCGGCUUCCGGCGCUGGGUGCUGCGCCACUGGUACGCCGUGCUGCUCAUACUGCUCGCCGUCCUCGCGCUGUUGUUCGCCAGCACUCGGUACUUGGGUCGUCACGGCAAGAAGGUGAAGUCGGUGACCAUCAUCCACUCGUCCACCACCGAGACCGUCCGCCUGCCCGACGCCGGCGACCAGGGCCUCAUCGUGCACACCGCUGUCAGGUCAAAGUUGCCAUUGAAGAAAAAAGUUGCUCUCCGCACUAGAGCUUAUAGAAAUAAGAAGGAGCACCAAAAGGAUAAAGCAUCGCCUUCGCACAAUGUGAAGAAAAGGAAACCUAGUAAUCCGGUAAAAGUCGAGGAAGGUGUUGCGGUGCCAAAGGAGAGCACAGCGGUCGUCACCAACUCCGACGGCAAAUCGCCGAAACACGUCAUACUGUCCAAACACAAAAACAAAGUAAAGAAACGAAAAGCGAAAGUUAAAAAGGAAACCAUAGACUACAGCUCCAUGCAGAAACAUUCCUCCUCCCCGCCGGCCAAGGACACCGAGGCGCUGAGCAGGGUGCAGAAGUGGCUGCUGAGCUCCCCGCAGCCCGCCGCCCUGCCCAAGUCCAAGUCCAUCCCGCUCGGCCUCACCGACCGCCCGCCCCGCCAGCUGCAGAAGGGCGCCCGCAAAACCAGACCGUCCAGGAGCGCCACCAACCUCCUCGCCGGCGAGAAGGCCCGCCUGCAAGUCGUCUUCAAGCCGCCGUUCAGGUUCAGCGUCAAGAUCUGCAAGAGCGACAAGACGAAGGUCGUCCUCGACAAGUCGUCCAAGCCCGACGCGGACCGCAAGCGCGACUCGCUGCCUCCGCCGACCUGCCCGGCCGACCGCCCGACCGACCGUCCCGCCGACCGCCCCGCCGACCCGCCUGCCGCAAAACUGAGGCACACCAACUCGACCCGAAACGACGGCGGCGGCGCAGCCGACGAGCCGGGCGAGCGGGGCGGGGCUCACGGGUAUGAGAACCUCCUCCGGCGGAGCUCCACCGACUGCAAGCUGGGGCGGCGUCCGCUCGACCCCCGCCCGAAAUCCGGCCACGGCAGGAGCAACUCCGUCGGCCAGGGCCGGGGGACCACCGAGAGUCGCCAGAACCUCAUCGCGCUGGACGACGAUGCGAACUGUGCGCACGUCUACGAGAACCUGCUGGCGGCCGACGCGCCCCGCACGUGCAGCACGCCGCGCCGCCCGCGCCCCGCGGCAGCCCCUCGCGCCCGCGACUCCGACGCCGAGCGCUUCCGCUCCGCCGCCGAAACACUGCGCCGCGCCGCCGGCUCCUGCGCCGACGUGCGCGCACCCGCACUGCGUCGCCAGCUCAGCGAGAUACAGAUCGGCGGGGCGGCCGACGCCGACGUCCGGGGCUUUCCCGCCGCGGGGCGGGAUCGGCUGAGGCGACAGAUGAGCGAUAACGAGCUGGCGCGGACGCGCGCGCCGCCGGCGGGGCCCGCGUCGGCGGGGGCGGAGCCGCGCGCGGCGUUUUGCUGGGCGCGACGCUCGGGGCGGGGUGAGGGCGGGGCCUCCGCCCGGCCGCGCCCCGCCUACACGUUCGGCGAGCUGAAGCACGCGGCGCCGAGCGCGGCCGACCGCCCGCCCGACGCCGGCGCCGCGCUGGAGGACUUUUUAAAACUAGAUAACUAAUUUAUGAAAUUACCGCGUGCGACGGAGCCUGUGAACAAAUUAAUCGAUCGAUGUGUAUAUUAGUAGAUAACCCGGGCGCCCGUUCCGCGCCGUCGUUGUAAAUAAUUUGCUUCUAACGUAGGGGACGACGUAACCUGCCACUGAAACAGCCCAUCGCCGCGGCCGGUGUCCUUGUGUUUUACACGCCGAUGUUUAUUGAGGUUCGCGCUUCGGGUCACUUUAUAAUUUGUAACAAAUAAUAAUUAGGUAGUAAGCUUCUGUGGUAUUCGACCGGUCGAGCGUGCCGGCGGCCGGCGAUGGUUUAGUUUCACUGAACGAUCUCUACAAAUGAAUCUCUAUUUUUUCUACAUAUUAUGUACCUAUUGUACAAAUUGACUCAGAUCUGUAAAGUGUUCAUAUAAGAUUACGUUUAACAUUAUCGCUCCGUACAUCGACAGAGUGUUAUAAUUUCCCGUUUCUCGGCUUUUAUUUGGAAGCAUUGUCAAUUAUGUGUCAAUCGCGGAGAAGUAUGUAUCGCUCGUGUAUCGGUAAAUAUCCUUGCAAUAAAUAACUCGCUUGAAAAUUAAAUAACUUAAUAACAUAGCAAUAAUCUACUUUCAUAGUCUGUCGAUUCAGGAUUCUAUUAAAACAUAAUUAUAUUUAAGUUUUAUUCGUGUUGUUUUUAGUUUUGCUCUUUCUAAAUGCCACGUAAAUAUGCCAUCAUUGCUUCUCACUUUUUGGGUACCAACUACCAAGUAAGCUACCAUAAAGCUAUGUUAAGUUUUAUUUAUUACUAUUUUAACUGUAGGUAUGGAUUAAUCCAUUAAAAGUAACUUUCAGAAUUCAAUAAUUGGUAUGCGUUUGAAACGCAAUCGAAAGUCAUGAAUAUAUUUUGCAUACGAAUCCUGUCUCGACUCUCGACGCUUAUAAUCUCUCUAACAAAAAUAUUAAAAAUCAAUAUUAUCUUUAAGAAUAUUUUUCUAUAAAUUUUGGAUAAAUCGAUGUUACCACAGGAACAAACGUGCGGCUGUUAUUUUUUAUGUUCUGAGAUAUCUGGGAUGGAAUUUAAUUUUAUAAUUCGAUGUAUUAGCCUGACAAUAUUUUAGUACAUAAUAUUUAAAAUUAACGUAAUUUCUCGUUAAAGAUAAGGUCACUAGGUGUAAGAAAAUAUAUCGUUUUACUAUUUAUUUUGUAACGUCACGAGCUUCACGCCGAUAUUAUCGUCUUCACUGAGAGUUUGAAAUCGAGCGAUCCUCGCACGAGUCGCCCGGUCCUGUUGAGUUUGCUAAAAACUGUCAUAUUAUAUUCGUGCCUACCUCAACUAAUUUAAAUGCGAAAAUAUAUUGUACGUAGCUUUAUUACAACUUUAGUCACAUGUUUUAUAUUUCCCGGGCGACUCGCGCCGGCGCCGGCGGAAUUGUUUGAGACACAACGAAGUUGCGGUGUGAUUUAUUAAAGUACAACAAUAUUUCCAUUGUCGACGGACGCGUUGAGCGCGUCAAUCGUUCGACUAUUUUAUAUACAAGGUGUAACAAAACUAAGUGAUAAUACUUUAGGG